GGAAGAGCGCUCUUUCCCCACACGUGGAUGAAUGUCAACAAGAAGGCACGACAGGUGAUUUAUACACCACAUUCGGGGAAUAAGCAGAGGGAUUCAGUGUGGGCAUGGCGGAGAAUGCGUCGGAUGAUCGUGCCGUGAAGUGUCCGGUUUGCGCGUGUGACUUUGAACCGGGCAGAAUUAAUGCGCACUUGGAUGAGUGUUUACAGGGCAAUGAUGUUCAUCAUCACACAUCUGGACCACCCUCCAAAAAACCUCGCACUGGCACUGCUGACACCCGCCCUUCUGCAGUGUUCUCCAUGUUUCAAAGCAGAUCUAAAGCGACUGAUCACCAGAAACUGAAGCCCGCAUCUUUGGCCACAGAGAGUAGCGUUACAGAAGUGUCCAUCAGUCCAGACGUGAAGCCUGAGUGUCCAGAUGCACCAGCUGCUUCUUCACCCAGAGCAUUGUGUCUGAACAAUGACAAACCCCUGGCUGAAGUCCUGAGACCCAGCACCCUGGAGGAGUAUUUCGGGCAGAAUAAACUGCUUGGAGAGCAGACCCUGCUGAGACCCCUGCUUCAGUCACAGGACAUCCCAUCUCUGAUACUCUGGGGCCCGCCAGGCUGCGGAAAGACCACCCUGGCCCAUAUUAUUGCCAGUUCUUUUAAGAAGAAAGGUACAGGACGCUUCGUGACGCUCUCCGCCACCAGCGCGUCAACCAGUGAUGUGCGUGAGGUCAUCAAACAGGCCCAGAAUGAGCUUCGUCUGUGCAAGAGAAAGACUGUUCUGUUCAUCGACGAGAUACAUCGCUUCAACAAAUCCCAGCAGGACACCUUUCUGCCUCACGUGGAGUGUGGGACGAUCACUCUUAUUGGGGCCACCACAGAGAACCCGUCCUUCCAGGUCAACAGCGCGUUGCUGAGUCGGUGCAGGGUUCUGGUGCUGGAGAGGUUGUCGGUGGAGUCGAUGGGCUUGAUUCUGCGUCGGGCUGUAGACUUCCUCGGACUGCAGGUGUUGAAUGGGGAAGCAGUGGAACGGGACUCUUCGGACAUCUGCUCAGAAUCUCAGGUGUGUGUUGAGCAGAAAGCCCUGGACACUGUGGCGCACCUGUGUGACGGUGAUGCCCGAGCCGCUCUGAACGGCCUUCAGCUGGCGGUGCAGGCGUGUGUUGUCCAGGUGCGCGCGGCUUCCUCCAAUCCCAACGCCGGCCCUCAGCAGAUAAUCGUGCGUGAGCAACACAUUAAAGAGGGCCUUCAGAGAUCCCACAUUCUUUAUGACAAAGCAGGUGAGGAGCACUAUAACUGUAUCUCAGCCCUGCACAAGUCAAUGAGAGGAUCAGAAACAAAUGCUGCCCUCUAUUGGCUGGGAAGAAUGCUGGAGGGAGGUGAAGACCCCCUGUAUGUGGCCCGCAGACUGCUCCGGUUUGCUAGUGAGGAUAUUGGUCUGGCGGACCCUGUGGCGCUCACUCAGGCUGUCUCGGCGUUCCAGGCCUGUCACUUCAUGGGCAUGCCCGAAUGUGAGGUCAUUCUGGCCCAGUGUGUGGUUUAUAUGGCCAGGGCGCCCAAGUCUGUGGAGGUGUACAAGGCCUAUAAUAACGUCAAGGCCUGUCUGAGAAACCAUCAGGGCCCGUUACCGCCCGUGCCCCUCCACCUGCGCAACGCCCCCACCAAGCUAAUGAAGAAUCUGGGCUACGCUAAAGGAUACAAAUAUAACCCAAACUUCAAAGGGCCAGUGGACCAAGAUUACCUUCCUGAGGAACUUCAUGGUAUCAACUUUUUUAACUGGACGCCGUCCAAUCGAUGACUGUUCCCCUUUUGGCUGCAUGAGAAAUGGACUUAAGUUUGCAGUUUUUCUUUUGCCUUUGUCAUUGUUGUCGUGUCUUCCACUUCUUACAACGAGAUUUCACAGAAUCUUCAAUAAAUCUGCAUUUUCUUA